UUGUUAUGUAACACUUUAACAGGCAAGUUACGAAGCGGCCCAGACAGGGGGUCCUCGGCUUCUUACAUUGGUUGGAGCUGCCUAUGCGGACUGAUCGCAGGAUAUCAGGGAGAGUGUUACAAUGAUUUCCCGGACAUUUAGCUGCCUUUUCCUCCCAAUCGUGUUGGUUUCACUUGUCGGCUAUGUCUGUGCUAGGAGGGGCCAGGAUGUACACUGUGGAGCAUGCCGUGCUCUUGUUGAUGAGCUAGAGUGGGAAAUAUCACAGGUUGAUCCCAAAAAGACAAUCCAAAAAGGAUCUUUUCGCAUUAACCCAGACGGAACUCAGUCAGUUAUUGAGGCACCGUAUGCAAGGUCAGAAGCACAUCUAAUGGAGUUACUUGAACAAAUAUGCGAGAAAAUGACAGAAUAUGGGGAGAAAAUAGACCCAACAACAGAUCGCAAAAUCUUUGUUCGUGUUUUGUCUCGCGAUGGCAAAAAAAUGGAUGCAUCUGGCAUCAACACUGACGGAGAAGUGACAUCAAACUUGAAAUUUACAUGUGAACGUAUUGUGGAGGAAUAUGAGGAUGAACUUAUUGAAUUCUUCUCUCAUAAAAGAGAAAAUGUAAAAGACAAAUUGUGUAGCAAACGUACAGAUUUAUGUGACCAUGCAGUGCACAUACCUCAUGAUGAACUUUAACCUGCUGUAGCCUUUAUCCUUUCCUUUUGGACCAUGGAGCUUCACUUGUUUACAAUGAACACAAUAUGCAUCUAAUGUGAACAGGGAUGUGGAACAAUUUUGUUAUAUUUUUUACAUUAAAAAACUAAAG